AAUACCCAACUACGCCCGGCAGUAAUCGUCUUGGAGAUCGAGAUAUCGUUGUUCCUUUGUCUGUUCCUUCAUCUCUCGCCACGAAUAUUCCUUCGAAAUGGCCACCAAAACUUUAGAAUCCCGCUUCGAGCACCUCAGCGUCAACGACGAAAAUGAAGCACCCACUGCAACACUUCUCAAAUCAAAGAGCGCGGGCCCAGGAGUAUUACCAACCGUUUCCUCAACUCAACCCCGGACAAAUCUUGUCAAAUAUCCCCUCCAAGCCACUACGGAAUCGAAACAGAACACUGCGUCAAUCGCAACAAUAACAACCACAACAACUGUGCCAACCCAUCCCCCUUCGCCAGUGCGGGUAGCCCUUCAAGCAGCCCGUGAGUCGGACGAGAGCGAUGACUCUAUACGUAGUAGAUCUACCCCGAAAUAUUUCUUCGAUCACCCACAAGCACCUAAACAAUUCCAUCUUGGAAUGUUUGAGAUUGGAAAGCCGCUCGGGAAGGGAAAAUUCGGUCGAGUGUAUCUUGCACGGGAGAGAUCAUCCGGGUUCGUCUGCGCCCUGAAGGUCCUUCACAAAUCCGAGUUGCAACAAGGCAAAGUGGAGAAGCAAGUCCGACGAGAAAUCGAAAUUCAGUCCAACUUAAGACACCCAAAUAUCUUGAGGCUCUUUGGCCAUUUCCACGACAGUAAGCGAGUAUUCCUGAUCCUCGAGUUCGCAGGCAAGGGUGAGCUAUAUAAGCAUCUGCGCAAGGAAGGUCGUUUCCCCGAAUGGAAAGCAGCGCAGUAUAUUGCUCAGAUGGCCGCCGCACUCAAGUAUCUGCACAAAAAGCAUGUCAUGCACAGAGAUAUCAAGCCCGAAAAUAUUUUGGUGGGCAUCCACGGAGAGAUCAAGAUUUCAGACUUUGGCUGGUCGGUACACGCUCCAAACAACCGGAGGCAAACGAUGUGCGGCACAUUGGAUUAUCUGCCUCCGGAGAUGCUUAAGCCAGGGAGCUCCGACAAUUUCUACAACGAAAAGGUCGAUUUAUGGAGUUUGGGUGUUUUGACAUACGAGUUCCUGGUUGGAGAAGCGCCUUUUGAGGACACAGCGGUCAUGACACAGCGAAGGAUUGCCCGAUGCGACAUGACGGUUCCCAGUUUCGUCAGUCCUGAGGCCAAGGACCUCAUUAUGCGACUUCUGGUCCUUGACCCCGAGAAGCGGAUUCCGCUUGAUGAUGUCCUCCGGCACCCUUGGGUCGUCAAGCACUGUGUGACAAAGGGUGGCGAACGGGGUUUCCAGAGAGCAUCCGGGAGCAGCAAAGAUCGAGACUCGAGCUCUGAUUCCUGAUCUUCAUCGGCAGGACUUGAAGAUGCUUGACACAUGAUUGGGGAUGAAGUAUCCAACGGCUCGCAAGGGCGUCCGUUUGGAGACGGAAAUGAGCGACUUUUUAUUGACGAAAUAUCCAUGCGGCGAGUGAAGGGGAAUGGGGGACUGGCAUUGGGCUAGCUCUUCUUUGAAAGAGGUUUCUUUGGGAUGUGUGGCUGGCGAGAGGUGUGUAUAUUCACGGAAAUGGGUUGGUGGAUGAGACUUCUUGACUUGGCCGUACUGUUUUACUGAUGCUUUUCCAUUGCAUAUCCGUGCAUGUUUGACAAUGAACGGCAAUGUUUUCGAUGUCUGCAGCUCGCGCUCAUAGAACUCGCCGUAUAUCAUACGGCGGAUGUUUCACGCACACAAGCGCAAAAAUGACAAAAUGCCAUGACGAAACCGCAAAUCACGCCCAUGACUUUUCAUCUGUUGUACCAUAUG